UUCAGUGGGGCACCGUUUGUGUUGUUACUGGUGUUUUGAAUUUGAAGCAGAGCGUUAGAACGCUUCGUGGCUUGCUAUAACGUUUAAACUAGCUACUGAUUUUCUAGUGAACUAUUUCGUCCGAACUUAAGCCAUGUCUUUUUCAAGAGCUCCAGUGAAACGAUUUAAUGAAAAUAUCGGCUGCGCCCCAGCACCGGGCACCUACGAGCUGAAACCAGGAGAGGUGAAGGGACCUGCCUCUUUCCACCGGUCAGAGCGCUUCAAACUGCUCAAGGCCAGUGGUGCUCCCUGCAUCCCACCACCAUCUCCUUCUAAAGAUGUGCCCAUGUCGCCUGUGCGUAGGACCAUGUCUGUGGAUGGCCUGGUUGAUGGGUCGAUGUCAAAGAAAGACAAGAGUGGCCUAUCGAUGCAGAUGAAACAGCAGAAACUCCUGGAGAAAGAGAUCCGCUCCCUGGUGCAGCAGCGCGGGGAGCAGGACAGGCGCCUGGUAACCCUUGAGGAGGAGCUGAGGAAGGUGGAGGCAAAGCUGUUGUCUGCGGUCCGGGAGAAGACUGGUCUGGCAGCUAACGUCACCACCCUGGAGAGACAGCUGGCUGAGCUCAAGAAGACCAACGAGUUCCUCAAGAACAAGGUUUCUGCAGACACCACUAAGAAGAGGAUCCAGUCUCUGUCUAUGGAGCUGAUGGAGGCCAGAAACAAAUUGGACGUCAAUGACAAGGAGCUGAGUUUCCUCCAGAUCACUACAGAGGGCCAGGUGAAGUUGCUGGAGACAGACCUGGAGGCAGCCAGAGCUACACUCACUGCCCUGACUGAGAGGAACAAGGACCUGGAGGACCUCCACCACGACACAAAAGUCCAGAACGAGGAGCUGGAGAAUGAGAUGGAUACGCUGCAAGCUGUGAUUCAGGAGCUGAGAGAGGAGAUCAAUGUUCUUCAGGGUUACCUGGACACAGCCAACGAUCACACCCAGGAUCUGCGUAUGAAGCUUCGUGGGAAGACAGAUAUGAUGAACAGCAUCUCUGAGUCUCAGCAGGAGAAACUGGGCCAUCUUGAGCAGAAACUUGAGCAGUGUACCGCAGAGCUCCAAAACUCUCAGAACACUCUCCGUCAGAAGGAGGAGGAGUCCGAGAAAGGUCAACAGGACCUGCAGGCUUCCCGGGAUGCUUUGCAGGAGACUGAGAAGCUUCUGGAGCGGCGAGAGGCGGAGCUGACGUCUUCCCAGAGGGCAUUGGGAGAGAUAGAGGUGCAGAUGCAGCGGGCCAACCAAGAAGUGUCUGACUCACAGAGUGCACUGCAGCAGCAAGAGGCGGAGCUAGUGCGGCUGAGGGAGGUGCUGAGGAGGACCGGGGAUGAGCUGGAUGAGAGAGUAGCUCACCUGGAAGAGAAGUGCAAGGUCCUGGAGGAGGAGAGAGAUAGGAGCCAGGAGGAGGGCCAGGGGAGAGUGGAGGAGCUGAAGGCAGAGCUGAGCCUCCUGCAGGAGAACAGGAGGAGUGAGAAGGAGGUGCAGGAGCAACUAGAGCAGACACACAUCUCCCUGGCUGAGGAGCUGAAGAAGGAAAAGGAGCAUGCAGCCUCCCUGGCCUCGGUGCUGGAAAGGGAGAGGGAAGAGACAGAGGAGGAGAGGAAACAGUUGGAGGAUGAGUUGGAGGAGGCUCUAGGGGAGCUGUCGGUUCUGGAGUUGCAGGAAGAGAGGAGGGAGGAGGAGGAGAAGAGGAGAGAGGAGGCCCUACAGCGUCUCCAGCAGGAGAAGACUGAGAUGGAGAGAGAGCUGACUGAGACCAGAGCACUGCUAGACAGGAGGAGCAGUGAUGUGGACGAGGUGCACUCUGCUGCCUUGAGGAGGCUGCAGGAGGAACACACCACCUCCCUCAGCAAGAUAGGAGACAUGGCCACUGAACUGGAGAGCACCAGACAGGCCCUGAAGGGAGCAGAGGAGAGGGGUAUAAAGCUGGAGGAGGAGGUGGAGAGGGUGACUAAGCAGAUGAAAGAGGAGGUGAAGAGAGUGAAUCAACAUAAGGAGGAGGAGGUGAAGAAAGUGAGGGAGGAGAUGGAGGAGGAGCAGGAGAAACAUCUAGCUGACCAGCAGGCUCAGGAGAAAGCCAGAGAGGAGUAUGCAAGAAUGCUGUUGGAGGUACAGACUCGUCUAGCUCAGAGAGAUGAGGAGAUGAAGAGGGCUGAGGAGGAGGUGCAGCGACAGCUGCAGGAGGAGAGGAUGGAGAAAGAGGAGGUACAAAGGCUACUGGAGCAGGAGAAAGGAGAGAGGGAGGCGCAGAGGAGAGACUUGAAGCAAUGGAUGUCAGAGGAGGUGGGGAGGCUAGAGAGACGGGUGGAGGUGGUAGAGGAGGAGAAGCUAGCUCUUCAGUGCUUGGUAGGGGAGGUGGAGAAGGAGAAACUGAGCCUUCACAACCAGUUGGAGAAGAUGGAGGACCAGGUAAAGAAAAAUCUGCCCUGUCUAGAGAACCAAAUGGAGGUAGAGAAAGAGAGGGAUGAUCUGAAAACAGUAGUGGAGAUGUUUGAAAUAGACAAACGGGGCCUUCAGGACCAGGUAGGACUAAUACACAACCGUCUGGAGAAGGCCGAAGAACAGAGAGCGAGUCUCCAGAGCCAGGUAGAACUGAUGGAAGAGAAGGUUUCUCUUCAGAGCCAGGUGGACCCAGUUGUCCAGGAGAAGGUUUCUCUCCAGAGCCAGGUGGACCCAGUUGUCCAGGAGAAGGUUUCUCUCCAGAGCCAGGUGGAUGUGGUGGUCCAGGAGAAGGUGACUCUCCAGUGGGAGAUGGAGGAACAGAGAAGAGACUUCCAGAGACAGCUGGUGGAGACUCAGGACAAGAGUGAUGCAGAGACAGAACACUGGAGGAGACAGUACCAGGAGCUCUACACUAAGGUCAAGCCCUUCCAGGAGCAGUUGAAUGGGUUUGCUGCGGAGCGGGAUGCACUACUGAACGAGAACGGGGCGAACCAGGAGGAGCUGACCCGGCUAGCGGACGCCUACGCUCGUCUGCUGGGCCACCAGAACCAGAAACAGAAGAUCAGACACGUGGUGAAGCUCAAAGAUGAGAACGUCUCCCUCAAACAGGAGCUGUCUAAGCUGCGUGCCCAGAUGUCCCGUCAGAAGAAGGGAGGCCAGCCCCAACGCAGGGUUGACCCCAGCAAAGCCUUCAACCACCAGGACAGCAAGGAGAACCAGCAGCCUGCUGCCACACCUCUCAGACAGGGAAACCGCUGUUGAAAGUUAGACAAUGGACAGAGACACUAGUAGACGGCACCAACUGCCCUGGAUGAACAGGACUAAUUGUAUUGAGUCAAGAGGAUGUCAUGGUCUUGCGUAUAUUUAUUUCUCAUUUUAAACCAGAUGUUCUGAAAAGCUACUAGAUGGAUUUAUAAUGGGGGGUUGUAACCCUGCAUAUGUUUUAGGAGAGCCAUCAGAACCAACGUGUGAAUUAUGUCCGUUUCAGCAUGAAACAUGCCCCUUUCUUUUUCUACAUAAGCAUUCAUAUUAAGCACAAAAUAAAUGUUUUGUUUGUUCAUAACAUACAGUUUUGCAUAAUGCAAAUAUGUUUUAGCUCUAUACAUUUUAACAUUACUUUUUCUUUUUGUCUAAUAAACAUUUGUGGUCAUCUUGUUUCCAGAGGAUGGGAAUGUAACUUCUCUUUUUGACUGUUUUAACUUUCUUCCAAAAUACUGACUCUCUUGUAAAUUUAAGCUCCAAAUGUUUGCUAUUUUCCUUCA